CCAAAGUGUAUGACACGACUCAGAAGCGAUAAUUUCGGUUGAAAAAGCCACCGCGCUCUUGCGCGAGCGUAGCAUUCGUGUCUGAAGACACCGCCAUGCCGCAUCAGGGAAAGGGACGAGUGCACCGUUUUCGCGACCACGUCGUCUCCGGCGUCAACUGGCGACCGACGCGGUUCGUCGACGAGGUGCCGAACUCACGUGUAUGCGGCCUCUGCCACACAAUCCCAAAACAGACGGUGCUGUUGCCGUGCUCGCACGCUCUGUGCCAAUCUUGCCACGCAGCCAGUCUCGAGGGGGGCGUUGGCCAGUGUCCAUUGGAUCAAGUGCAAUUCGAAGAAGCGGAGUGCGUUGGUUAUGAAUUCCCUGCCAGGAUAGCGAAUGCCUUGAAGGUGUACUGCUGGAACGAAGAGCACGGCUGCGAGUACACGGGCACCUUGGACCGCAUGCUGGAACACUACGAGAAGGAAUGCACGUUUCACACCGUGGAGUGUUUGCGGUGCGGCGAGGGAGUCCAGCUCAGAUACCUACCAACGCACUACGUCACCGGAUGCAGUGCCGGUGUUUCUUCCGUGGUCACGGAGUGCCCGUCCUCGGGGCUUAGAGCAGUUACACUUGAAGACGUGAACGCAGCCCUUGAAGAACUGAAGGCAAGGCUAGGGGAUGUGAGCUACGACCAGCUGCUGCCAGUGAUCCAAGGCCAGUUACAAGACCUCACAGAAAAAAUCGGAAGCCAAGAAGCAACGCUCGCCGAGAUCACUCGCGAGCUCGGAGCAUGCGAGCGCAACUUAAAGGGCGAGAUUGCUGGAAUCGGCGCCACGAUAACAUCGACCGCGUCGCACCAGUUCACCUUUCAGCAAAACCGGGCAGAGGAAGCCAGUGCGUCGUCGUCGUCGUUGCGCUCGGAAAUGGCGAUGGUACUUCGAAAGUUGGAACAUUUCACCAACCUGUCACUCAGUGCUCUGGAACACUUGCGACACACUUCCCUGUAGCCUGAUUGCAGCCGUGUCAUUUUUCAUUGUGAGCCGGUGAACGUUGACCAGUCAGCCAGGCAUACCCGCUCGGAUUAAAGCACUUGGGUUCAUGGUGAAACGGCCGAGUCUGGAAAACUGUGACGAAACUAUUUAUUGGCAGGGAAGGUUGCGAGUGUUUGCUCAUAUUACGGUGUGGCACAUGAGGGACACGUACUUUACGCUUGCCAUCUGAAAGACUAUUUUUUUUUCUCUACAUGUGGAGAUCGAGCGUAACGGCAUGCCGGUAGACUCUGAGUGUUGGCCGCCUUUUAGGCAAGUGAACGUGCGGGAUGACGUAAGACACAACGAAGGUUCGUUGACUUCCCAUGCCCUGCGUUUUUUGCGCGAGCGCUCAGAUGACGCAUUGGUUUCACCUCGAAUUUUCUUUGCACAUUGCCUCGCUGAAAAAUGAUGGCUACCUCCGAGACGGAACGAAAAUAUUCCGCAUGUUGCUCAGCGAUAGAGAAAUGGACAGUGGGAUCAGAGGUGCACCCUGACGUUCGUCAUCGCAGAAUAUGUACUGCAUUGCCGAAUCGUCCUUGCCACUUGCAGUUGUGUGUGUGACAUGAGCUUAGCGAAGUUUUGAAGUCCUGACUCCUAAAGAAAGUGAACAAUGUGAACUUUCUUUUUAUUUUCUAUGCUUUGUGACUGCCAACCUAUUGUUUUAAAAGGCCCCUCACCAGUUCUGGCCAUUUUUAACUGACAAGCGCAGAGUAUACAUUGCGCGAUAACAAUCGUGUCUGAAAAGUAUUACAUCGCUACGCG